GUAAUUUCAAACAAUCACUCUUCACUGUUGAGUAUUUAGCAUUUGUGUUGUAUGCUUAUUCACGGAGCAAACAAAGCGGCAAAAGGCACCAACGGCCAUUAAAAAUGGACCUUCCCACUCCUUAUAUAAACACAUAACACAAACACCACUCUUUCCGAAUUCGUUUUCUCAGAUUUCCCCACUAUUUUCUCGCCCAACAAACGCUCCCUAAAUCCCCGCCAAUACACACAUCCGCUCCAACCGCCGGCGUCCAUCCCUUUUCUCUAUUUAAUAGGAAGACUGCCAUGCAUUGUACUAAGACCCAUAAUACCAACACCAACUAGGAAGAUCAAGAAUCUGAUGAUAGAAUAAACAAAGGUAACAAGUUUACUUACGUUCUAGACCGGUGGUUGUGGAUGGCUGGGAGCUUUGUAAAUGGUGCCAGGGGAAAUUCAAAUUCCGUUGUCAAUUAUAUUAAGAUGGAACAUAAAGAUGGAGUGGUGUUUCCCCGCUUCUACACGGCUUUACCAACAUCAACAGCAUCCUCGUUCUCGUCAACACCGGAGAAAGAUGCCGCCGGUAACCGGAAAAAGAAAAGUAAGAGGAAGUUCUUGCGUGCAGUUAAGGCUGUACUCUUCGAGAUAUCAUUUGCUAAGAAGAUCAAGAAAAAAGUGUUUCCAAGGAAGACGAAGCAGUCUAAUGUUGAUCCAUCAGCAAAAGUUGAAAAGCAUUUGAACCAUGUGAAGGGAAACUCAUCGUUUCAAAAAUUUUCCAAGAAAAAUGACGGAACAAGCGUAACUUUUGCUCCUUCUAUGAAUUCUUCUGCUUGGUCUUCACGCAAUUCGCCAACGAAUUCAACGAAUUCCAAUCCAUUCGGGGACAAUAGACUUCCAUUUGAAUCAUAUAGUUCAUUUGAGACCCAAAAGAAGCAAGACAUGGAACAAGAGAAUAAUGGAAAAGGGAAUUAUAGUUCCAAUACAGGGUUGUUCUUGCUUCUCGUGACUCUCUCGGUUCUGGUCUGCUGGGGCAAGGUAUAUGCUAUCUUGUGGACUUCGACAUGGCUUUUCUUUGUCCCUAACUUGAAUGCACGGAAUAAAUUACUGAGAAGUAAGGCUAAUUCUCGAUCCAUGGAUUUAGCGGAGUAAGAGAAGAAGAUCUUUAUGGAAGGGUUGCUGGACACGAACCGCAGCCGUGCUCCAUAGCCCUUGUGAGUUGAGACAAGCUAAUACUAUAGGAUUUUGCUCUGCCAAAAGACGUAGGAGGUUUAAAUAAUUUUGUAGUUUUUCUGCUGUCUUCAAGUGUAUAUAGGUAAAAAUAUUCAUGCAGGUUUUUUUUUUUUUUUUUUAAUUUAUUGGAAUAUAUGGCUAGUUGCAGACAUGCAUUAAUGCAAAGCUAAAGGCUCAUUGCUUUUGUAAUUUGUUUUUUUUGCCAAAAAUUUUGUGCUGGCAUCAAUUUUCACAAUAGUGUGUACUAAUUUUGACAAGUACACGAAAACAGAGAAAAUCAUACAUAUGAACUUUUCAAAGCAAUGAUUAUGUAAGUUUCUCUCUUGUAGUUUAGAAAUUGUUGAAUCGACUUAAUAA